AUGACUGCACCUUUAAAUAAGCCUCAAUCAGCCUGCAGGAAUGAAGGCAGUUGUCCGUACCAACAUGACUACGCGGAUCACUCCACUAGUAAAGAAGAGCUCGGAUUGGACACAUUUACUCUCGGGGGAAUAUCUAUACCGAGAUUGGUAUUUGGAUGUGGAAGGAAGAAUCACUUCACAUUCGAACAACAGGCUUCUGGUAUUAUCGGGCUUGGAGGUGGUAAUUACUCAUUUGUUGGGAAGCUACGGAAAUCGAUAGGAGUUAACAAAAAUUUUUGCCUUUCAUCAAAUGUUACAUCAGGCUCGAGAAGCCGAAUAAACUUCGGUUCUAUCGUAGAAGUGUCGGGGUCAGGGGUGGUCACUACCCCGAUGAAUAUGAUCAAGGAUGGUAUGAACAUGGAUUAUUUCAUCACCUUGGAAGCGAGCAGUGUAGGCAGGAGACUAUUGGAAUCAGUCAAUGCAGACAAACAAGGAAAUAUCAUAAUCGACUCUGGCAGCACUUAUACUUUUUUGCCUAGAGAUAUUUACCAAGCCAUGGCGGACACCUUCCUUCGAGUCGAUGAAACGUUAUGCCUUACCAUAUUGCCUCAUAAUGAAGUGUACAUAUUUGGCAACAAAGCUCAAUCUGACCUAGAGCUAGCAUCUGAGUUCUUUAAUCUUUGCUACAUUGACAACAAUAUAAGUAUUCCACCGAUCAUUGCACAUUUUGCGAGUGGUGCUAAUGUGGCAUUGUUGUCAACAGACACCUUCCUUCGAGUCGAUGAUAAGUUAUUCCUUACCAUAUUUCCUCAUAAUGAAGUGUACAUAUUUGGCAACAAAGCUCAAUCUGACCUAGAGCUAGCAUCGUGCCUAAAUUGCAGUAUUCGACUCGACAAGUCGUGUUAG